CAUGUUAAAAAACCAGCUUUCUAUUACAAAAAUUUCUAAAAAUAGUAAGAAAUAAUUGUGAGGGACUUAAAAGCAGAACAUGCAGAAACUGUCAUCAAAUAAAUGAACUUUAAAGAGAUAAGUUCAGCAGUGCACAUUUAAGCUCUGCACUCAAGUGUUAAUUAUAUCAAUAUAACAGAGCCUUCAGUCUCGAUUGAGACAUUGUUGCUAGAGGUAGAACUACACCCAUUGCUCUGUAAGCAUGGGAAGAUUAAGCAAUUUCUUCUUCCUCAUAUUCUUUGUCAUCUUGGCCUUCUUUUCAGAACUUAAAACUGCUUCCGAGCAGAUGGUUAAUGGGGAACUGAGCUUAAAUUUGGCAGUACGCAAGCACAAACACAGACAUUCAGGUUUCAGUGCAGCAGAGUGCCCAGGUGCAUGCCAGUACAGGUGCUCCAAGACGGCUUAUAAGAAGGCCUGCUUGUUCUUCUGCCAGAAAUGCUGCUUCAAAUGCAGGUGUGUACCUCCUGGGACUUAUGGUCAUAAGGAGGUCUGCCCUUGCUACAACAAUUGGAAGACUCAGAGAGGAGGCCCAAAAUGCCCUUGAUUGCUUAAUUAAUCAGUUAAUUAAUCUUCUCAGAAGCUUAAUUAAGAAAUUAUGGCUCUGCAGAAUUGGCUUCCAUUAGCCAAUUAUUAAUUAAUUUUGUCACAUUAUAUCUCUAAUCAUUAGGAAAAAAUAUCAAUGCUUAAGUAUUCAGUUCAGUUUAAUUUCAUGUUUUUUGGAGGUGUUUUUAAUGAAAUGUCUUCUGUUAAUUAGGAAAUAUAUAUAGCUGCGUGCUAAUUUAGUAUUUUUCAUUCUGUCCUAAAAUAAAUUAAUAAAUAUUUUAUGUUGAAUCUUGAUUUUUUUUUCGGAAAUACACCACUCAAGAGAUAGAGUAGGGAGAAGGAGGAGGAGAGAGAGAGAAGAAAAGUGUUAGAAAAUUCUAAAUAGAGAAAGGAGGUGGUGGGGUUCCUUUAUUCAUAUUUAUAGGUGCAUAUUUAUGCAAUUACAAAAGAGAUGGAACAGUUUUAGAAAUCAUCCUUAACAAAAUUAAUGUAUACCAC